AUGUCGGAAGAAGAAGUGGUGGUGUUGAACUUCUGGCCAAGUAUGUUUGGAGCAAGAGUGAUCAUGGCGUUAGAGGAGAAAGAGAUCAAGUUCGAGUACAAGGAAGAAGAUGUGUUUGGUCACAAGACCGAUCUAUUGCUCCAAAUGAAUCCGGUCCACAAGAAAAUUCCGGUUCUCAUCCACAAUGGUAAACCGGUAUGCGAGUCCAAUAUCAUACUCGAAUACAUCGAUGAUGUUUGGAAAGAGGAUAAAACUCUCCGUCUACUACCUUCUGAUCCUUAUCAGAAAGCACAAUGUAGAUUUUGGGGUGAUUUAAUCGACAAAAAGUGGUAA